AUGGCUGCAACUGUCAGUAUCGAUGAUAAUUCUCGUUUACCAGAAAAUGUUCUGGAAUUAGAAGGAGAUGAUUUCUAUCGAUUUACAAAAAGUAUGAGUGGUGCAUUAUUGACUGAAGUACUUGAAAUACAGGAUAUUGAUUCAGUUUUUAUAUUUUUACAAACAAGUGAUAUUUUUGAAAUAUUCCAACAUGAUUCUACAAUAUUACGAGGUUUGAAAUCAAAAAUAGGUUUCGAUUCAAAUGAUGGUACAUUUCAAGUCAAACUUGGUUUAAAAUUGCAAUACGAAUAUUUAUCAAAAUUAUUGAAAUCAAAAUCAGAUCAGAAAUAUACAAAAUCGUCGUCUCUUACAUCUGAAAAGAUUGAUAUACUACUUCGAAAACAUUCAAUUCUUCUUUCACUUCUCAAUUUCUAUGAGAAUGAAAGUACAACAAAUGAUCAACAUGAAUUUUUAUCCCUAUUUAUAAAUACUAUAACGAAAAAUUUAUCUUUAUCUAAUACGAGUCGAUAUAGAUAUGAUGACAAAUUGAAAAGUUUUGCUGUUUGCUUGUACAUACUUGGAGGAAAGACAACUUAUGAGUUUGUCCGAUUAAAUUUGC